AUGGGAAGGGGUAGGGUUCAGUUGAAGCCGAUCGAGAACAAAACAAGUCAACAAGUCACCUUUUCGAAGCGCAGAACGGGACUCCUUAAGAAAGCUAAUGAAAUCUCUGUGCUCUGUGAUGCUCAGGUCGCCUUGAUUAUGUUCUCCACCAAAGGCAAACUUUUUGAGUACUCCUCUGAACGCAGCAUGGAAGACAUCCUGGAACGGUAUGAGAGACAUACCCAUACAGAACUUGGUGAAGCUAACAAUGAACCACAGGGUAACUGGUCUUUCGAAUAUAUCAAGCUCACCGCUAAAGUUGAAGUCAUAGAGAGGAACGUAAGGAACUUCUUGGGAAAUGACUUGGAUCCCUUGACUCUCAAAGAGCUUCAGAGUUUGGAGCAGCAACUUGACACAUCUCUGAAGCGCAUCCGAACAAGAAAGAACCAAGUUAUGAAUCAAUCCAUCUCAGAGCUGCACAAAAGGAUGAAGGAGAAAGUGAAGACACAGACCGAACGUCCACACAGCUGCCCAGAAACCCUAGGCCAAAGUGCAGCCACCCUCAAUUUAUCUUCUCCAGAGCUACUACCAUCACAAAGACUUGUUCCAUCUCUAACUCUCAGUGGGACUUUACAAGGAAGAGUAUCUCUGGAAGAAACAGGUGAAGCUCAAACAGCUCCUAGUGGCAAUGCUAUCAUCCCACCAUGGAUGCUACAUAUAUGA